AUGUCAGAAAGCAACACGUUUGUAUACCAUUUCUUUAAUGUCUACAUCGGCGUACCAGUAGCAAUCAUAGGCACCAUAACCAGCGCACUGAGUUUGUGCUUCUUUUAUAAAGACAACACCACCACUCUGGGAACUCGACUUUUGCUGUCAUCCGUCGCUUUGAAUGACAUUGGCUACCUGCUGUUAAGGACUUUCUACCGCCUGAAACGCGAGCUCACCGACUCGGAGUCUGCAGCCUGGGAAAUUACCCUGUCGAUCAUAUUCUUCAGCCUCAACGUCUUCGAGAUGGUCCGCAAUUGGCUGGUGAUUGUUAUCGGAGUGGAACGCCUUCUGCUCUUCCGCAGCCCCCUCGAUUUCCGGAGAUGUUGGACAGUCAAGGCAGUCGGGCUGACUAUAGGGGGCAUCCUGGCGUUUUCCGUCGCCAUACGUGUCCCCUCGCUCAUAUUUGGGCUCCCUGGAAUAUCAAAAGAGUUAGCCAGAACUUCGCGAAUGGCGCAUCUCCUAAUCGAGUGCAUCUUCUUUGCAACCCUCCCAGUCAUGCUGAUGGUCCUUCUUUCCAUGGCAACGACAUUCCAAGUGAGGAAGAACGUAGUUCAGAGAGGCCAACUGGGGUUGGACGGCGCCGCGAAGAACUACAAGCAGAUCUCGGUGAUUCUGAAGACCAUCCUGUGGACUUUUAUGGCCUUUUCCAUUCCAUGCGUGCCCUCCAGCAUCUUUCACUUCUACUGCCAGUACCAGAGAGCUUGCACGUCACCGAAGAUGGACUUAGCAGAGGAUGUCGUGAGCUCAAUGGCGAAUUUCUUCUCCAUUCUGAACUCCACCUCCAACUUCUUCAUCUACAUUGUCCAAUCGAGGAGUACAGAUAAUACGCCUUUCUUGGCUCUGGGCAACCACGCAUUGACCAUGCUUAAAAUGAAGAAGUGGGCUGCGGGAGUUGGUGGCAGGAGAAGAACAAACGAGCGUCACCUCGAAACCGGCACAAUCGUGAGCAUCCUCGACGCAUGUCGGCGUCUCUUCAGUUUGAAACCCACGCACCAGCACUUUGGAGAGUGUGUCGAGGCAGAACCACCGACCCCAGUGUAA